CCAUUAACCUCCUCUCCUCUCAAUCUCCGCCUACGCAGAGAGCAGAACAAACGAGCUCUGACAAAGGACAUGCGCCCGGCAGCGUGCUCACCCUCGUCCUCGGCGGCGCCGCUGCCUCCACGGUCGUGCAGCGCUACCGCAUCAGGCGUCGAUGUCAUCAUGGUGGACACGUGGGAAGACCAGGGGCAGCACCGCCACGCGUUCCUACACGCCGCCAUGGAGGGCGACCUCGACCUCCUUACCGGGAUGGCGGCAGAGCUGGGCAAGGGCGCUGGCGAAUGUGACCGCGGGGCGCUGCACCUGGCGGCGGCGAACGGCAGGACGGAGGUCUGCUGCUUCCUGGUCCAGGACCUCGGCUUCCCCGUCGACGCCCGCUCCCCUUGCGGCGACACGCCGCUGCUCCUGGCGGCAACGUUCGGCCACACCUCGACGGCGGCCUACCUCCUGGAGCGCGGCGCCGACCCCCGUGCGCCGGACUCCACCGGCGAGACCCCGCUCCACUGGGCCGCCUAUAACGGGGAUCGCGGGCUGGCGAUGCUGCUCCUGCACAGAGGCGCCGACACGGGCGCGGCAACACCCCGGGGCACGGCGCUGCAGGUCGCCGCAACACGGGCGCACCCGGACAUCAUCGCCAUCCUGCUGCGCCACGGCGCCGAUCCAAAUAAGGUUGCAAAUCUCUACUUCACACCGUUGGCUUCCUCCCUCGUCGGUGGAUCGUUAGAAUGCAUGAAGCUACUCAUACAGGCUGGGGCUGAUGUUAACGCUGGUGGAUUCAGCGGAACAACCCCUUUGUUCUCAGCGUGCAGCCGGCGUGGCACUCUCCCAUUUGUCAAGUGCUUGCUGGAGGCUGGAGCAGAUCCGAACACUCUUGAUGAACUUGGUAGGUUACCGAUAGAAGUUGCCGCAGCCCAUGCUGAAACGGAAGUCGUUCAAGUUCUGCUUCCUGUGACUCGACGCCAUCCAAUGAUCCUUGACUGGAGUAUUCACGGCAUAGUGAGAUAUGUAGAUUCAGUGGCCUACAAGGAGAGGGUGAUACAAGCCUCUUGUAGCAGGAAAGAUGAACUGAAAGAGCUCGGGUACACGGCGGUCAAAAGGAAGGACUAUGAUGAGGCCAUACUUUUGUACAGCAGGGCAAUGAAGUUCGAUUGGACCGACACCGACGCCACCUUAUAUUCAGACAGGAGCGUAUGUUGGCUGCGCAUCGGUGUUGGCGACCAGGCUCUCGCAGACGCCCAGACCUGCACCAGGAUGCAGCCUAACUGGGCGAAAAGCUACUACCGUCAGGGAAUGGCCUUCCGCCUGCUUCAGGAUCACGCCAGCGCUUCUGCCGCCCUUGUCAAGGCCUUGAAGCUGGAUCCGGAGAACGCAGGCAUCAAAGAAGCUCUCUGGGCUGUUUCCGGGAGGCAAAGGGCUUCCUAGAGUUGGAUUCAGG